AAAUCCUCACCAGUGCAAAAAAAUUCCUUAGUUACAUAUAAAUUCGCAAAAUAUUGAGAGAAACAUUAAUAAAAUGUGUUUAAUUGUGAAAAAUUGCUAAAAAAAACCACCGGAAUAGCUGAAUUUUCCCUCAUAAAUAUAAAAAUAAAAGAUAUCUUCAGGCUUUCUGCGGGGCAUAUCUUGAGUUUUGGCGAAUAUAUAUGACGAAUCAGCGAUUACGUUCCGAUAUGUCGGCUGCGGAUACCCCAGCCACUUUAAUGUGAAAGAAGUGAAGGAUUUUUUUGUUCAAUUAAUUGAAAUUACAUAAUGGAACGAUCGGACAAUGAGCAAUACGUAACUUACUCUUUGUCAUCCGUCCAUGACAUUGAGCAGGCGAUAAUUUCUCAUGAGGAAGUGUGUGAACCAGCGGAAUCACUCAUGAACCACGAGAGCCAAGAGGAGAUUCUCUGUGAGAAAUCCUCUGACGAGGACGACAACUCUGUUGUUUACCCGAUGUACAUAAAACAAGAGGGUACCCCUCAGUAUACAUCCGGUGAUGAUGAAUCAAUGGCGGUGGAGGCUUUGCGUCAAUUAGGGGGAAUGUACCCUCAAUUUGACGGUAAAAAGACAUCGAAUUACAAAGUAAUGAACACUUUCAAAGAUUCUGAGAUUGAUGAAAAUAAUCUCUCUCCUGGUGAUAACAAUCCUUUUGAUUACACUGAUAAAAAUAUUGGAGAAGAUGGGGAGAGUAAGAAUUCAUGUCCAGAGAGAGAAUCAGAGCCAGAACCAGAAUCAGAAGGGGUGUAUUGUAGGAAGAAUUCUGGUAAAUUUUCAUGUCAAACGUGCGGUGAUAAAUUUGAGAGAAGAUUAGACUUGAACAAUCACAUGGUUUGCCAUCAGGUAGAUCGUCCCCAUGCGUGCAGAACUUGUGGCAAUCUCUUCCGCUCUAAAUCAAGUCUGCACACCCACAUGUCCCAAGUUCAUAAUAAUCAAGAAAAAUGUCACAAGUGUUCGAUCUGUGGGGCAAAUUUUCAGAGACCAUCAUCUCUAUCCAAUCACAUGAAAAUCCAUACGUACGUGGCAGGAAGGGCUUUGAUGUCCCAAUCGGAUAAUUUGUCCGAGUCGUCAUCAGUAGUCCCUCAGCAAAACUAUCAAGUAGCACAGGUAAAUUGGCAGAGUUACGCAUUUCAGAGCGAUCAGAGUGAUCAGAGUGGAGCUCUGGGACAAGAUAAAUUGGACCUCCAGGAGUUUACGGUAUUGCCGAAUGGAGAGGUCGCACAAUUUGAAUAUCCUCACAAUUACAAUAUCAGUCUUGUAUCCAAUAGCUUUCCAACAAAUUCCGAGACUCUUGUCAAAGCAGAGAGUCUACCCUUCGAUAGCCAAAAAAAAACUUGCCAAUUUGUAACAGUUCAAGUUACAGAUCAGAAACAGCCACAAUUUACCUGCAAUAAUUGUGGUGCUACUUUCUCAAGAGCAACAUCACUGACUUCUCAUCAAAAAAUUCAUAAUCAGAGGGCAUUAAUACCCGCUAAAUCAUGGACAAUGCCCAUAGAGUGUCAAUUCUGCGAUAAACAAUUCCAGGACAACAAUCAUCUGGCUUCUCAUCAUACAACGUGCGCCAAAAAAUUGAUGCUCAAUAACGGAGGAGAUAAUGCAAAUGGGAAUGGAAAAUGGUCGAAGCAUGCUUGCAACGAGUGUGGAAAAAAAUUUACAACCAAGCAGAAGAUGUUUCGACAUCAAUGGAUACACAGAAAAAAAACUCACUCUUGCGAGGUAUGCGGUGGACAAUUUGAGAAGCAGAAUCAACUGGACAAGCACAGAUUAUCAGCACAUCCAGGUAUAUCUCCGUUCACGUGUUCCGAAUGUGGUAAAUGUUUUGUAUCGCGACAGGGCUUGUGGGAACAUACAAGGACACACGCCGACGGCCCAGCACAUUUUCAAUGCGACACUUGUUCAAAGACUUUUUCAUCGAGACAGGGUUAUUUGAUACACCACAGGACCCACACGGGUGAGCGACCAUAUGGCUGUAAAUUUUGCUGGAAGGCAUUUCGAGAUGGUGGAACAUUGAGAAAGCACGAGAGAAUUCAUACGGGGGAGAGACCACAUGUAUGUCCUCUGUGCUCAAGAGCAUUCAAUCAGAAGGUUGUCCUGAGGGAGCAUGUCAGGUGGGUUCAUGCCGCUGGAAAAAAUGACACAGAAGUCGUUGGGCCACCAUUCCCCUGUCCACUUUGUGGUGCUCUCAAUCAAGAUCGAGAUGAACUCUGCGCUCAUAUCGUUAAACAUUCAGAUCAGAUGAUUGCUGAGGCUAAGGCGAGAACCACUAUAGAUCCCAUGAGCAUCAAGAGUGUUAAGAAGAAAGCAAAUGCCAAGCGCAAGGCCAAGACCGAUCUGUCUAAGCAAAAAAUCGCCAAGGUACAAGUUGAGGGACAUUUGAUACAGAAGGAUGGUGAGACCGUUCUUCUUGUUUCUACUGGAGAACAACCAAGGGAAGAAGGAGAAAAACAAAUUAUUUCACAAGAACAUCUCAAUGAUGUCCUGAGGGUACAGUUUAUUGAUGAUCGACAGAGCACUCUGCAGAUCAUUAGCAAGGAGAAUGAAGCUCUGCCUGUAUUAACCCUUCCCAAUGAAGAUGACGGCUUUGCGGGGCAAGUCGAGGCCACUGAUGAGGGAGUCUAUCAGGAGAGCGAUGAUGAACCUGAAAUGGAUCUUAUCUGUGGCAUAUGCGGUGACGAAUUCGGUGAUAAGAAUAUUCUUAUGGAGCAUGUGAAAAUUCAUAUUUAAAGGGAAGAUAUUUGGUGAUAAUUGCUUAUUUAAUUGUGAUAUUAUUAUGAACAUGUGAAAUAUCUUGGGAUGUUUUUUAUACACAUCUGUCAAUGUGAUAAAUGUGAAUGUGUUCUAUUGAAUGACUAAUGAAGAAUUGUUAUUUCAGGCACGUCAUUAGUUUAAAAUUGGCUACAUGGCCUGCAAAUAAUUUAACAAUUGAAUCAAUUUUUUUCUUCUCAAUUGAAAUCUAUAUCGAGGAAAUUUAUUUGACAGAAUAUCACUUUGAAAUUUUAUGAGAAAUUGUUGCUACUGAAAAGUACAUGACUCAGAGAAUUAUACAUAAAGCUAUAUAUAGUGUGUUAUAUAUUAUAACUGUAUAUAUUGUAGAAGCGAAAAAGACCAUUGUAAUUAUAUUUAAAUAAUAGUUCAAGGUAAUUAUCCUCCUAAUAUAUAAAAUUGAGCGAAAAAUUAAAUUUUUAUGUUACAUGA